AUGUCUACUGAUUUAAAUUCAUUUUCAUCAGUUGAAAAUCCGUUUGCAUUAGAUUCUAUGGAAUUAGAAACAACUGAUUUUAGUAAAUAUUUACGUAAGAUAGCUGGUAUUGAUGCACCAUAUUUGCCUGGUACAGUUAUUUGUAUUGGAUUUGAUUUGCUUUUUACAUUAAUUACAUUGGUUAUGGGAGGUUUGAACUUUUCUUCAUGCCCAAUUGAAAAGCGCAUACCAAUUUAUCUAGUUGUAGUGUCUACAAUUAAUCUUGUAAUGAUUAUUUUAACUGUUAUUGGUUGUUAUCUUCAUUUAAAAAAAAAAGAUGAUAAUUUAUGGGGAUUUUUUGCUAUUACAAUAUCUGCUAUAAUUAUUAUAAUUUUACAAAUAUUUUGUUUUAUUUGGCUUGUUCUUGGAACUGUUUGGACAUAUAGUAUUUUAAAUGAAGUACAAUAUACACAAGGAAAUACACAAACUUAUUGUCAAGCAAGUCUUUAUAGAUAUACAUUAAUUUCGAUUAUUUUACAAUAUAUUAUUCCAAUUGUUUUAUGUUGUAGUAAAAAUAUACCAGCAAGGAGAUAG